GUCACCGGAGCAGGCCAGAACAGGGAAGGUGAUGAUGAAGGUAGAAGCGGGCCGAUGGGUCAGUGCGGCGUUGGCUUCUACACGUGAUUGUACAGGGACACAUCAGCUACGGGGUCCAAGUAUGUGGUUGGUGGCUCUCCUAUUGGUGACCACCCUUCCCUCCGCAUAUCUUGUUAGGUGGCAGCAUCCCCAGAAACAAUGGUGCUGUUACGGCGACAGUAUAGUGAUGGACGGCGAGGUGGCCUUAACUGCACCUGACUGUUGCUUGCAGGUGGUGUGCGAGGGAGGAAAGCUUGUUGAAAAACGCUUAGGACAACCUGGUGAUGGCAAUUGCAAGUACUCAAGUGGGAAUGGUUGUUUGGGGUUGGACGGUCAGCUCUACCCACCAGGGUUUGUGACGAAUCAAUGCUUUCCCCUUGAGUGCAAGGCAGGGCAGUGGGUCCCGACUGGUUACAUUAAUGCGUGCUGCAGCCAGUGCUCGAUGUAUUCUGCCAGUCACUUCAUCACGUAUGACAAUCACCACUACGACUGGAAUGGGGUCUGUAACUACACCCUAACGCAACAGGGAUCCACCUUCAAUCCUGACAUGGGUGUGUUUAUUGACUUGGAAACGUGCUGGGGUUGCGGUGCAUGUCCUUCAAAAAUAACCUUCCGGAACCAUCCUAAUGAGCUGCUUGUCAUCACCACAAAGUAUUUAUUCGACAUUUUGGUGAAUGGAGAAGCAUUCCAUGUACCAGCAUAUGGUAUCCAUAGAGUGAAAACUUCCUAUGGCAACCACGAUGUAUUUGCCUGGCGGCGAGAGAGCUGUCUUGUGAUCGUGGGAUCCUCUAUGCUUAGUUUGCAAAUAUGUUACGACCGCGUGGACGUGUGGGCACAUCCCAGCUUGGCACACUCCCUUCAUGGACUUUGCGGCCAUUACAAUUUCUACAUACAAGAUGAUUUCACGGAUAGAAGUGGUCAAGUGCUUGAGCUCGCAUCGUGGCCCCAAGAAUCUUUCUCUUUAUCCUGGAGGACGAACACUCAAACAGACUACGAGUGCAAUCAACUGUAUUCCAGCACUGACGUGUGCAAUGGAAAAAAGGGUCCAGUGUGCCAUGUUCCUGAAUCGCAGAGAUCGCAGUACCGUCAAACAUGCCAGAAGGAGUUCCUUGCUGUCCUGAAUCAACACUCUGACCUGUACUUCUACAUCGACGCCUGUGUCACGGAUCUAUGUGCAGUAUACCAAAGUGGCGCUGGUCCCAACCAGGUCAAAGAGCUUCUUGCGAAGCUUGUUGCUCUUGUCAGAAUACAUGUUCAAGAUCGGCAACGAACAAUCGGUCAUGACGGCAGCCAAACUCCCACCAACCCUGACAUGUGUAUCAUCUCCACAUUGACGACCAUUUCCCCUACACCCUCAACAGUUACUACACAUUUCACUCUUACAUCCAACAUAAUCACCACUUUUACUUCAAAUUAUGUGAAUCCUGACACCACAUUAUUUCCAUUAACAAACCCUUACAAGUCUUACCCCUCCGGAACUUUCAACUAUUAUCCCUCACCGUCCACCAUCUCUACUUACGUGUGUACUACCCCUACCUCACCCUCGACAAUCUCUACAUCUUAUAAGUUUACUAACCCAUAUGAAUCGGUUGAGUAUACUAACCCGUAUGAGUCGAUUAACUAUAUUAAUCCAUACUUGCCUCACACGAUAAUUGACUACGGUUCUUCUGACGUUGCUCAAACCCACCAUGUUCCAACCCCAUAUUAUCCGGGCUCUUACUUUAAAGAGCCCACCUAUGGUCCAACGCCCUACCUUGAGCCCACCUAUGGUCCAACGCCCUACCUUGAGCCCACCUAUGGUCCAACGCCCUACCUUGAGCCCACCUAUGGACCAACGCCCUACCUUGAGCCCACCUAUGGUCCAACGCCCUACAAAGUGGGCUUGGCUAGUAGUGGUUCACCGCCCUACCUUCAGCCCACCUAUGGUCCACCGCUAUACAAAGUCGACUUUGAGCCCACCUAUGGUCCACCGCUAUACAAAGUCGACUUUGAGCCCACCUAUGGUCCACCGCCCUACCUUCAGCCCACCUAUAGUCUACCGCCAUACGAAGUCGAUUCGAAUAGCUAUGGUCCACUGCCGCCCUACGAAGUCGAUUCGAAUAGCUAUGGUCCACCGCCGCCUUACGUGGUCGACUCGAGUAGCUAUGGUCCACCCCCACCCUACGUGGUCGACUCGAGUAGCUAUGGUCCACCGCCGCCCUACGUGGUCGACUCGAGUAGCUAUGGUCCACCGCCGCCCUACGUGGUCGACUCGAGUAGCUAUGGUCCACCGCCGCCCUACGUGGUCGACUCGGUAGCUAUGGUCCACCGCCGCCCUACGUGGUCGACUCGGUAGCUAUGGUCCACCGCCGCCCUACGUGGUCGACUCGAGUAGCUAUGGUCCACCGCCGCCCUACGUGGUCGACUCGGUAGCUAUGGUCCACCGCCGCCCUACGUGGUCGACUCGAGUAGCUAUGGUCCACCGCCGCCCUACGUGGUCGACUCGGUAGCUAUGGUCCACCGCCGCCCUACGUGGUCGACUCGGUAGCUAUGGUCCACCGCCGCCCUACGUGGUCGACUCGGUAGCUAUGGUCCACCGCCGCCCUACGUGGUCGACUCGAGUAGCUAUGGUCCACCGCCGCCCUACGUGGUCGACUCGGUAGCUAUGGUCCACCGCCGCCCUACGUGGUCGACUCGGUAGCUAUGGUCCACCGCCGCCCUACGUGGUCGACUCGAGUAGCUAUGGUCCACCGCCGCCCUACGUGGUCGACUCGGUAGCUAUGGUCCACCGCCGCCCUACGUGGUCGACUCGGUAGCUAUGGUCCACCGCCGCCCUACGUGGUCGACUCGAGUAGCUAUGGUCCACCGCCGCCCUACGUGGUCGACUCGAGUAGCUAUGGUCCACCGCCGCCCUACGUGGUCGACUCGAGUAGCUAUGGUCCACCGCCGCCCUACGUGGUCGACUCGGUAGCUAUGGUCCACCGCCGCCCUACGUGGUCGACUCGAGUAGCUAUGGUCCACCGCCGCCCUACGUGGUCGACUCGAGUAGUUAUGGUCCACCGCCGCCCUACGUGGUCGACUCGAGUAGCUAUGGUCCACCGCCGCUCUACGUGGUCGACUCGGUAGCUAUGGUCCACCGCCGCCCUACGUGGUCGACUCGGUAGCUAUGGUCCACCGCCGCCCUACGUGGUCGACUCGAGUAGCUAUGGUCCACCGCCGCCCUACGUGGUCGACUCGAGUAGCUAUGGUCCACCGCCGCCCUACGUGGUCGACUCGGUAGCUAUGGUCCACCGCCGCCCUACGUGGUCGACUC